AUGCCACAUUUUAACGUUUGUUGCCGUUCCAAAUCAAAAAAUAAUCAAAACAAAGGACAAGACAGCUCUCCGUGGGUGCAAACUUCAUAUACAAAUUCGACGUCAAUCAACGCGAGAAAUAUUACCAAUCAUGAUGGUCAAUCCAUGGAUACGCAAACUCUUCAAGACGGAAGUAAUUCAAAACAGUCUGUGAUGAAACAGCAAACAUCGUCAUAUGCCCGAAAUGACUCAAACGACGGCAUGUCGAGUACCAAAAAGAUUGAUUCAAUUGAAGAAUAUCAUGUAAAGCCUGAAAAGAAUUUGUCCGGACACAUGAAAGCGUUUCUGCAACAUCAGCAAGAGUUUUUCUGGUUCACUAAACAAUUCGAUCACUCCGCUGGUUCAGAUCACUUUCGCAACAUGGUUGUUCAUUCAACUUUUCCCGUUGAUUUGAGCAAAAGUGAUUUCGGAUGUUAUAUCGAUGCAACCUUCAAUGAUUUUCCACAAGAAAUUCAAAGACGGAUGAAAGAUUUAUAUCAGCAAGCCAGCAACGAUCCUGUGUCAGAAGAGCUUAUAAUUAAUGAAUCCUCGAACGGCGCGAUAUCAGCAACGUUGAUACAGAUUCUAUCUCACAAGAAUGAUCGUGAUGAACUCGAGAUGCUUGUUGGUUCUGUUGGUGUAACUCAACGACCACCAGAUGGUUGCCGUUUUUCCCAAUUCCAUUGGAAACAAUAUGAAGAAAAAGUUACAAAAGCCUUACAAUACAUGUACGCAAAAGAAGCUCUCAAGGAACUUCCCGAAGAAUAA